AUGGACCCAAAUAACGACAUUUUCCAGUCCCCGUACACGUUACUAUAUGAUGGUUCAAACUCUGACUAUCACCCCUGCGGCAAGGUGGACGACUUCAGCUACCGCGCGAUCGGCACGCCCUUCCAAGGGGCGCCCCUUCCUCCCUCGUCACAGCUCCCAGUCUCAGCAAUACUGGAUACCUCACUUCAACAACGACUAGAAGGCGCGCUACUUGACUUUCUGGGCGCGCAUGACUUGUUGGAACCUGUGUACAACGAGACGCGCAAGCUGCUGCUGCAUGUGGGACAAACACGACUCUUCUGUACGAACUCACCCGAGUGCAUCGUUAGUAUGCACGACCUGCGUAUCCGAAUACUCGAGCCCCUUGUCACGAUCGCACUGAAAAAAUAUCACGACAAGAUCGAAGAGGACGGCAAGAAGUCGGGCGGUAUUUACCUCCUCCACUAUCGUCCCGAAGACCCCAUUCAACCCCAACUCCCUCGCGGGAUCACCUUUGCUCUGAGGCACACGAUAACGGGGGUGGCGUCCAACACGACCAUAUCGUUUGAGGAAGACUCGAGCUUCCUGACCUUUGGAUGUCAGCCGAACGGGUUUGCCCGCGAGGACGAGUGCAAGUUCUUCCUCAACGAGGGUGAGCCGAUCCCGCUCGAUCCGUGCGGCAGGAGCCACGGCGUGCAGGCGAUGCUGAACAAGGUGAGCAUCUUGCAUUCACUCGUGCUUCGCUCAAUGGUCACUAGAUUGCUAACUGUAUCUUUCUUUGGGUCUCCAGCUCGUCUGGAGGAUGCAGUCUGCAAUUCAGCGUGACCCAAAGACGGGUAAAGUCGAGGUACCGGUGCGCUUCGGCAUCAUUAUGAGCACUCAUUUUGCCAUUCUGGCCGAGUCGGGUAAGUUGGAUUGGUCAUGACGAGUUGAGCUUGCCCAUCCCUAAGCCACCUUCUGAUCCCCUGACAGUCACCAAUCCGAACAACGAUCAAGAAGCUGGGCUCGUCUACACCCCCAUCUUCAAAACCGGCAAUGACGUUAAGGAUCGGGAUCGAGAUGCGUUCAAUUUCCGCCCAAAAUCCAUUCCGCUUUUGUUCCUCGCGAUUAUACUAGACUAUCUCGUCAAGGUCCCACCUCCGCCCGACAAGAUUCUCAACUUGUUGUUUGGUACGGGGAAGCAUCUGGACGAUUCUAGCGGAGACUCGGGUGUCGAGGGGCAGACCAAACCUGAACGCUCAGAGGAAGGUGACGGGGAACACCCAACUGGACUAGAGAACAAGCGACAGACAACAGGUCACCCAAGUGAAUCAGAUAAUAAGGGCCUUCCGGACUCAUCCGCCCAUGUCGUAUGACCACCAUGCAGCUCGCUGUCCAAGCGAGGCUGAACACCACUCUGUGGCCGGUAAGUCGUCUCUAUCACCAUCGGAUGAGGACGGAAGUCGUUCGGCUUCUUCCCCGACUUCCACCGCGGGUAGCUGACAAGGCUCUCUUUCCGACUUUUAGCCACGAAUAGCUCUCUACAAAUUUGAUUGAGGGAACUGGGUGAACCGGGGCACCCGUAUCGAAGCCGUCACCUUCGAGGUCGUCAGCAAGCCGGGCAAACCGUUGAAGGCUCGCGACACAACCCCAGUAAUGACCUUGUCCACCUUCCCCCCGCGUUAGUGUAUUAUCUUUCCCGGCCCCUGGGCGAGCUGUAUGAGCGAAGAGAGAGCUCCGUCGUUUUGUCCGAUUUGAAAGAGGUCAAACUCAACACUCUACCGGUGUUCGCUGCAGCGCACCUCCUGGGAGAAGGCGGGUUCGGCUCUGUGACCGCUGGCAGAUUAGUGGCCAGCACUGCCGCAAUCAGGGACGUGGAUCCCAAGGAUCGCAGCUCGAAGGCUCCUGAAGUGGGAAGUUCACCUAUAGAAGCUCGCAAUGAGGACUCGACCGACUCAAGAUCGAGCUCGAUCCCGACCCUAGUUAAUUACUAUGGGCCAGCGCCCGAUUUUUAUUUUUUUAUCCAAUAAAUUUCAAUCACAGUCUAAUUUUAUUAAGGCCAAGAAGCCCGACAAGGGUCGUCUCUUUUUGUAGAUCAUAGCUGGAAUUCCAAUUCUCAUCAUCAUCCAGGAUUUGGCCUACGAGGCGGCGGUGGCUCGCUCACGCUGGGUUCCACCUGCCGACCGCCAACGCAACGCACCGCCCGAAGCUCACUACCCUCGCCGAUCCGGUGGUUCUCGCUCGUUGUUUUCGUUCAAGCUGGCCCAUCUAUUGGACCCCUUGUGGUGGCGCACCCAAGCGCAUCACCUCAGCUCGUCGACCGCUUCCGCUCGCUUGGACGUGCUCGACGGUCUCUCGUCGCAACUCGCCCAGUUCGAUUCGCUCUUGCGUGCUUCGGAUAACGUCGUCGCGAACAAGGCUGUUCAGCUGUUGGGUAGGUCUACAGGUGGUCUCUGUGGCGUGUGGGUGGGGGUGGGUGGGCGCGAAGGGCUAAUGAUCUCCCUGUGCUUCGUCCUCCCCACGUGCUCUCUCGCACUCCCGCCUUCUUCAUCUCCUUCUCCCCUAAUCAGACCAUCCCACAACAACCCAAACUCUCCAACUCAUCUCCACCUACUCCCCCUACUGGUUCCCCGCGUUCCUGAUCUUCCUGACCUCCCUCUACUCGCGCCGUUCGUCCCGUCUCUCCGAACAAGGUCGUAUCGAGCGCCACAUCUCUGCCCGCCUUCAAGCGCGAGCUUACGCCAUUACGGACAAGAUGUUUGACCUUGGACUGGGGACACCGAGUGCUGAGGGGAUGCCCAGUGGGAAUGGGAGCGGUAAAGGGUGGGGAGAAGUCGAGGUGCAGUGGGGUAAGGAGAAGUAAGUCCACAGAGCUUUGGAUGAGGGUAUAGGGGCUUUGAAUUGAUAAAGUCUCUGGGCGGUUGUCGUUUACAGGAUUCGAGUUCCACUCCCACCCCCUAAUUCACCCCUUUCGACGCUCAAAGCAGCCCUGUACGUUUUGACGACCCUCUCGAUCCCCAGCAGCACUCGACUAACCCCACCUCCUUGGACUGGCCCAUAGUUUCAACAUCACCGGCGUAGCCCCCGACCAACAAAAAUUGAUCUACUCCGGCGCGAUCCUCAAAGACGACCUCGCGCCUCUCUCCUCCUUCGGCCUAAUCGAUAACCCUCAACCCAUCUCCACCUCCUCCCACUCGACCAUUCCCAGCUCUACAAGAUCCUUCUGGGACACUUGGGCCCUCCUCGGUUCCUCCCAAAACGCUUCUCGACGUAAAUUGAAAAAACUGAUCCUUCUCGGUUCCAAAGACGUUUCGGCGCAAAUCGACGAGCGUCUCAUGAAUCGCGCCGAUUUACUCCCCACGGGGGCCGAAGAGAUCGUACCUUUGAAAUCGAUCUUGACGGAGGAACAAGUGAUCGAAAAGGUUGAUCAAGUCGCGCAGAACAAGUUGAAGGAUUUGCUACCGGAUUUGGAAAAGGUGGAACGAUGGAUCGCGAGCGUAGAAGGUGGAAAUGGAAACCCCCGCCCGCAGGUGGAAACGGAGACGGCAACGGCAACGGAAAUGGAGAUGGAGAAACCGAAUCCAAGGACCUUGAUCUUUCUCUCCGAAGCAUUACUUCAAGCCUUGUUGAAGCUCGAUUCGAUCGAGGUGCAAAGUGGGUAUGAUCGAGCGAGGGCGGCGAGGAAACAAGGCGUUAGGGACUUGCAGGCCGCUUUGGAUAGCGUCGAUGCGUUGAAGCCGAGGUUCAAGAAGGCCUUGGCGAAAGAGUAG